AUAUGGUUCGGUUUCCCCGUGCUUGGUCUCGAUCUAUGCAUCUACUUGGUAUGGUUGAGUUUGUAGGCAGUACGGAAUGCCGUUACCGGUAUCAUGUACCUCAUCAACCUUGUUCUCGUUGGCUACGGAUUCCCCACAACUAGCCAUACGAGUACAAGUUCCUUUUCCUCGUACAUGAGCCAGCCGCGGUUUUUGACUGACAAAGAAGGUCUGACGAAGUGUAGAAUAGGGGGGUGGUAGUAGUUGUGAUGUGUGGUGGCGCUCAAAGUACUCCCUAUAUCAACAGCAAACUUGGAGUAUAAGUAACAUGUAGACCAGACAAUCCAUUAUUCUUUCAAAGGAUUGUUUGGUAAAUAGACUUUGUGCGACGGUGACGUAUCACUCAGUAGUCACUCUGUCACUCGUUAAAUUCCCGGGAUCCAUGGAUGCUGGGGAAGCGAGGGAAGGACGAAAGAGUUCUAGACGAUUGUGCUUGUACGAGUGCAGUAGAGGACAAGACGCCAGAGAUAAACAAAUCAACAACCACCAGACAAUCACGUCCAAUGAUGAUGCUAACGAGGACCAGCGAUGGUGGCGUCUGGGAGUGUCCGCGUUGUUCCACCAUAACGAAGCCCUAGUCCGUCCCCAACGUCUUUGUAUCCAGCCCAGCCAUCCCGCUACGACCACUGAGUGGAGCAGGAAGCGCCUGGACGUCCAUCAAGGAUUUGAUUCAAUCAAGCAAGCAAGCAACCAUCCAUGCAAACGCAAUGCAUCGCAUCGAUCCAUGUCAAGGCACGGCGAGGCCUUUCCAGCCACCACGGCCUUCCAUGAGGCGGUUUUUCCAACGUUGAGCUGUCACUCUCCACCAUCCCACAUUCACUUUCACAUCCUCAUCCUCUCCUACACGCAACAAACACACACCCAACACACAACAAUCAUACAUUCACACAAUCACAAACACGUCCCUACACCAUUCGCAUACACUAAUUCGAUCCCCCCUCCCCCGGAACGGUUCCCCCAUCGUCUCCCAGCCACCGGGUCCCCAUCUCAUCAUCCAGCGAAACAAAUCCCGCCGUCUCCUUCGCUAAGAUCCGAUCUGACCUCAGAGGCUCAGAACCACACCACGCGCCGAACGGGUUCAAGGUCAACCUUCACCGCAUUACUCUCCGUACUGUACAUAUACCUGGGCGCAGCAUGCGCGUCUCGACAUGAGAACCCCCGGAACUCCAGGUGCGUAACGUUCUAUCUCCUACCCCCUCCUUGCUGGCGGAAUUGCGCGAAUACGAACUCAUCCAUACGGUAGAUCCCAAAGUGCGCGGCUCCACCCUCGACGCCUUGAAGCUGUCCUGUCCAUCGGCUGACGUCCUCAACAACUCCUCCAACUCCCCUUCCACACCAAUGGCAGAUCCAUUCACCGAAGCAGACGCGGAGUGGUCCGAUGAGGAGGCGUUGAUCCCAAAGGGCCGCCGCAGGUCGCAAUACAUGCCUCAAGCGCUGA